AUGUCAGAAAAUGCAGCCUGGGCCUUCGCUCUCUAUGACUACGAUGCUGUUGAAGCCGGUGAUUUAAAAUUCAGGGCCGGUGACCUUCUGCAUAUAGUAUCCUUACCUUCGAUGAAUGUUGAUUUUAAUUGGAUUGUUGCCGAAAAUCCACGAACCGGUGACCAGGGUGAAGUGCCCUCCAACUACAUCACUCGCGAGUGUGGUUAUUCAGCCACUCUGGACGCCUUCAGGGAUACAGAUCGUUCGGGUGCAAAUUCAUUGCUUCAGUCUCCAAGUUACCUUAGCAAUUUCAACUACAUUGUUCGACCCAGUCGUGACAACGAUGGAAUGGCUUUAUCAGUUAGAACGGCAAAGGGAUGUGUGACACACUAUAAAAUCUACUUCAAUCCACAAGACAAAAGCUGCCGCCUGUUCCCCAGCGAAUCCUUCGACACAAUCGAGGAUUUGGUGAUCCACUACAUGGAAAAUGAAAUUCAACAGGGAGUCAAACUUCAGGCUUAUAAACCCUUUAAAGAUUCAAUGCCACCAAUAUCAUAA